UCCCAUCACUAGUUCUUGUUUAUCAAAGAAGUUUUACAAGUUCGAAACAUCAGAUACCGCUGAGUGACUAAAUAAAUUUCACGAAAUUUCAUGCUGAGGUUGGAAAAGUUUUAUUCUUAUCUGCAAUGCCUGAUUAUACCAUUAAUGGUAUCCCGGUCAACUUUCCAUUUGAACCGUACCAGAUACAAAAGGAUUAUAUGGCGAAAGUGAUAGAAUGUUUGCAAACUAGCACUAACGGAGUUUUAGAAUCACCUACUGGAACCGGAAAAACGUUGAGUUUGUUAUGCUCAUCGCUGGCAUGGCUAUUCUACAAGAAAAAGCAUAUGCAGGCCGACAUGCGAACCAACAUAGCUGAGUUGAAGGAAUUUGAGUUGGUAACAAAAUAUAAACUUACUGGUUCGGCAUCCAGAGCAACAACAGAUAAGGCAGACUUGGUGAAAAACGUCAAUGAUGGAACAGGUGUCCUAACAGAACUUAAAAUAAUUUAUGCGUCGCGCACUCAUUCGCAGCUUACCCAGGCUAUGCAAGAAAUGAAGAAUAGUAACUAUAGUUUCAUGCGCGCAAUUAUUCUUGGUUCUCGAGAUCAAUUAUGCAUCCAUCCUGAUAUCUCAAAAGAGCAAGACAAUUCCUCAAAAACAAAUCUCUGUAAAGCAAAGAUACAGUCGCGAAGCUGCUCAUUUUAUAACAGAGUUGAAAAUUGCAAGGAUCGUCCAGAUGUAGUCGGUUGUCCUAUUCUAGAUAUCGAAGAUUUGAUCAAAACAGGAACCAAAGCUAAGGCCUGCCCAUUUUAUCUAUCUAAAGAACUUACCGACAAGGCCGACAUUAUCUUCAUGCCAUAUAACUAUCUCUUAGACCCAAAAGCGCGCAAGGCCAACAAUCUGCAGUUAUCGAAUACAAUAAUUAUACUUGAUGAAGCACAUAAUGUGGAGAAGAUGUGUGAGGAAUCCUCUUCUACUCAGAUAAAAUCGUCCGAUAUUGCGCUUUGUAUUGACGACAUCACGUCCAUUAUGAGCGUCAUGGAUAAAUCGGUCGCUAUCGCGGAAGACGAUGAAGGGAAAAAAGAUUUCACUAUCGACGAUUUGGCUCUGUUAAAAGAAAUGAUGCUUGCUCUAGAAAAGGCUGUGGACAAUGUUCCGAUGAUGUUUUCACAAAAUGAAGUUACCUUACCUGGAACAUACAUUUUUGAUGUUUUGAACAAAGCUAACAUUAAUGACGGAAACUUUCACAUUAUUGCCCAGUUGAUUGAUAACAUUAUACAGUAUAUUUCCACGAUAUCGGGGAAAAACAACUUUGUUCGCCGUGGAGGCGGUCUGCAAACAUUAGCUGAGGCACUAUCAAUUAUCUUUGCUGGUACUGGUGCAGAAUAUCGCGAAUCUGUCUCCAAAUGCUAUAGAGUACACGUUGAUUACGAAGAGACUAAAAAAGUUCGUGGAAAUGUACACCAAGCGGACGGUUGGACAGCGACUAAACAGCAAGUACAAUCGGUGAACGGGAAUGCCAAAAUUUUAAAUUUCUGGUGCUUUAAUCCGGGCUUUAGCAUGCGUCAACUGUUAGGCCAUCACGUGAGGAGUAUAAUUCUUACAAGUGGCACUUUGUCUCCCUUGAAACCGCUGAUUAGUGAAUUGGAUAUUCCAGUCGCUGUAAGACUUGAAAAUCCUCAUAUAAUCGAUGGAAGUCAGGUAUGCGUAAAAAUCGUUACUCGUGGUCCAGAUAGAGUAAACCUAAAUUCAAGUUAUGUCAAUCGAGAUAAUCCAGCAUAUAUUCAAAGUCUCGGACGCACAAUUCUCUCCUUUUGUCCUAUCAUAAACGGUGGUCUGCUCGUUUUCUUCCCAUCGUACCCAGUUCUAAACAAAUGCCAAGGAUCGUGGCAAGAGUCAGGUGUUUGGGCCCAGAUUACACGCACCAAGCCGAUAUUUGUUGAGCCUCGUGGAAAGGAUCAAUUUCUUAACACGAUGGCGGAAUAUUAUCAGAGAAUCAAUGAACCCGGAAGUAGAGGCGCAGUGUUUAUGGCCGUGUGCAGAGGAAAAGUAUCGGAAGGAUUAGACUUUGCCGAUAUGAAUGGUCGCGCGGUUAUCAUCACUGGGCUUCCGUUUCCUCCGCUUAAGGAUGCCAGAAUAAUACUUAAAAAAAAAUAUUUGGAGGAGGUGCGGAACCCGCAAAAUGAGAUUAUAACCGGUGAUGAAUGGUACUCUCUAGAAGCAUCUCGUGCCGUCAACCAAGCCAUCGGUCGAGUAAUUCGUCAUAAGAACGAUUACGGUGUCAUUUUGUUGUGUGAUGAUCGUUUUCGCAAUCCACGUCUAAAAGCUCAGCUUUCUUCCUGGAUUCAGCCACAUCUCAAUUCUAGGCAGUAUGACACUUUCGGUCCCAUAAUCGGCGAGUUAUCGAAAUUUUUUCGCAAUGCGGAAAAAAAUAUUCCACUGACAAAGCUGACCCGAACACUAACUCCGGCUUCAUCAGAACCGUCAGCAACGUCUGUCAACUCAAAUUGCAGUAAUUUGACAAUGAACCCCGGUACCAAAAAAAUACUGGAAGAUAUCAAAAUUAAUUUCAACACAAUAGAUAUGUCGAACGAUUCAUCGGCUUUCAAAAUUUUAGACUAUCAGAAUGAUCAUAGUUCCCCACCCCGAGAUAAACCGAUAGAUUUUUUUAGUCGCCUUAAUACACACGCAAAGUCUAUUGAUUUCAAUGAGAUGAUUACAAAUGUGAAGCCAAGCUCUUCACAGCAUAACGAGGUUGCUAUCAACAAACGAGUGCGCUCACCUCUAAUUAAAAGUUAUGAACCGAUGUCUGUAAAUGAAAUCGUUAAAAAGAAACGUAAACUGGUACUUGUUCCUGAAGCCAAGAUAAGUCCUCUAGAUUCUCCAGACGAUGAACUUAUUAGUCAGUCAGUUAGAGAACAAUCAGAAGAUGAUCGUACUCGAGUGGCCUCAACAGAUCGUGUUGAACUACUGAAAGAGAUUAAAACGUCUAUCAGUUCGGCAAAGUAUAAAUUGUUUCUGACAUGUGUUACGAAUUAUAAAAGCGACAAAAGGUUCGAUGUAUUUAUAGACGGAAUGUUGGAAGCAUUUGACAGACCGGAAUUGUAUUACUUGCUUCGAACAAUGCGUCGAUUCGUGAAUAAAGAGCAUGAAGAUCAAUUUGAUAUCAAAAUUGCAGAAGUCUGUGGUUAAGUUUUUUAGGUACUGAAAACGUGAUAAUUUUAAUGUUUAAGAAAUAAAGUCAUUUUCAUACACGUUUA